AUUGGCAUAUCAGCCAUGCACAUGCAACUCCUCAACAACGACCGAGUCAUCAUCUUCGACCGCACCGAUUUCGGCCGCUCCAAUCUCUCCUUACCCGACGGCAAAUGCCGAAAUGACUCCAACGACUCCGUUCUCAAAUACGAUUGCACUGCUCACUCCGCAGAGUACAACGUAUACAAUAAUUCCAUCCGUGCCCUUAUGGUUCAAACCGAUACUUGGUGCUCUUCCGGCGCCGUCGCCGCCGACGGCCGUCUUAUCCAAACCGGUGGUUACAACGACGGCGAACGCGUCGUCCGGAUUUUCAAACCUUGUGCCACUUGUGAUUGGGAAGAAAUCCCAAAUGGGUUAAGUGCAAGACGUUGGUAUGCAACAAAUAAUUUAUUACCCGAUGGCCGGAUCAUCAUCAUCGGUGGUCGCCAACAAUUCAAUUAUGAGUAUUACCCGAAAUCCACUUCCACUAAUAUGACCUUCUCAUUACCUUUCUUGAAACAAACAAGUGACCGUUAUGAAGAUAAUCUCUACCCUUAUGUGUACCUCAAUGUGGAUGGUAACCUAUUCAUCUUUGCCAACAAUAAAUCAAUCUUGUUCAACUACACUAGUAACUCCGUGGUCCAGACCUACCCAGAUAUUCCUGAUGGCAAUCCUCGUAAUUACCCAAGCACAGGCUCUUCAGUUCUUCUCCCACUUAAGCUUAACAGCUCCUCUCUGGUAGAUGUUGAGGUCCUCAUCUGUGGUGGAGCUCCAAAAGGGUCAAUGCAGAAGGCCACUUCAGGGAGUUUCAUCGGAGCACUAGAUACAUGUGGAAGAAUCCGAAUCACUGACCCGAAUCCAACAUGGACUAUGGAGACAAUGCCCUUGGCUAGAGUCAUGGGAGAUAUGACUUUACUCCCUAACGGUCAAGUCUUGAUCAUUAAUGGUGCAGCAAGAGGGGUUGCGGGUUGGGAAAUGGGUAGAGAUCCAGUUUUUUACCCUGUUCUUUACCAACCCGAUAACCAAAACGUGUCGGCCCGAUUCCAAGUACAAAACCCAUCCACGAUUCCACGUAUGUACCAUUCUACAGCUAUCUUACUACGUGACGGUCGGGUUUUAGUGGGAGGAAGCAAUCCCCAUCAGUACUAUAACUUCACCGGAGUUCUUUACCCGACGGAAUUAAGCUUAGAAGCAUUCUCUCCUGGUUAUUUGGAUUCCACGUAUUCGGGUUUACGCCCGACGAUCACCAGCCCGGUGUCGUAUACCAAGUUAAAAUACGGGCAACGAUUACCGAUACGGUUCUCGGUGCCGAGUGGGACAAAGGUGAAUAGGAAGGGGAUAAAGGUGACCAUGGUGUCAGCAUCUUUCACAACACACUCUUACUCUCAGAACCAGAGGCUGUUGGUGUUGAAUGCAGGGCAUGUGUUGCCUGUAACGGAUAUAGCUUAUGGCUUGGCUGUGACGACUCCAAAUUCAGCUUUCCUGGCACCUCCGGGGUAUUAUCUUCUAUUUGUGGUUCAUGAAGAUAUACCCAGUGAGGGGGUUUGGGUUCAAAUACAGUAA